AGCAAAUAGCAACUGCCUAAUACAACAAAUCACAAAACAUGGCGCCACAUAUCACCGGUCGUACGAAACCGACAAAGCCGAAGAAGCAGCAGCGUGCCACUAAGCGCAAGAGAGACGAUGUCGACGUGGAAAAGCUGGAGCAGCAGGUUCAGGAUCUGGAUCCCAAGGGCAGCUACACUUCCUUCUCUGACCUUCCCCUCUCCCUCCCUACCCAAGAAGGUCUAAAGGCUUGCCAUUUCACCACCCUCACACCCAUCCAAGCACGCGCCGUCCCUCUCGCCCUUCAUGGCUCCGACAUCCUCGGUGCUGCCAAAACUGGUUCUGGAAAGACCCUUGCCUUCAUCGUCCCCGUUCUCGAGAACCUGUAUCGCAAACAAUGCGUCGGUCAAGAUGCCGGUCUGGGUGCCAUGAUCAUCGCCCCUACCCGCGAACUCGCCAUUCAAAUUUUCGACGUCUUGGUGAAGAUCGGAAGAAAAGGACAUUUGUUCUCGGCUGGUCUGGUCAUUGGAGGAAAGAGUCUGCAAGAGGAACAGAAUGCUCUGGCACGUAUGAACAUCGUCGUUUGCACACCUGGUCGCAUGCUUCAACAUUUGUCGCAAACUGCUCUCUUCUCCGUCGACAAUGUGCAAAUGCUGGUUCUGGACGAGGCUGAUCGUAUCCUGGAUAUGGGCUUCCAACGCGAUCUGGACGCUAUUCUCGAAUACCUCCCCAAAGACCGCCAAACUCUGCUUUUCUCUGCUACACAAACAAAGCGUGUUUCGGAUCUCGCUCGUCUGAGUUUGAGAGACCCCGAAUACGUCUCGACCUCCGAGCAGGGUGAAUCUGCCACCCCGAAAUCUUUGCAGCAAAACUACGUCCUCACUCCCCUGCCCGACAAACUCGAUACCCUCUGGUCCUUCAUUCAGACUUGUAAAAAGUCAAAGAUCAUCGUCUUCUUGUCAUCUGGAAAGCAAGUUCGUUUCGUCUUCGAGGCUUUCCGUCACAUGCAACCUGGUAUCCCUUUACUGCAUCUUCACGGACGUCAAAAGCAGACUGCCCGUCUCGAUAUCACCACAAAAUUCUCGCACGCCCAGCAUUCGUGUAUGUUCGCAACCGAUGUCGCCGCAAGAGGUCUGGAUUUCCCUGCUGUUGACUGGGUCGUCCAGCUCGACGCCCCCGAAGAUGCCGAUACGUACAUCCACCGUGUCGGUCGUACCGCUCGUUACGAACGCGAUGGUAAGGCUGUGCUCUUCCUCGACCCUAGCGAAGAAGAAGGCAUGCUCUCCCGUCUCGAAGCCAAGAAGGUCCCCAUCGAACGCAUCAGUGUCAAGCAAAAGAAGCAACAAUCCAUCAAGCCACAACUACAAAAUAUGUGUUUCAAGGACCCCACUCUCAAAUACCUAGGUCAAAAAGCUUUCGCCAGUUAUGUUCGCAGCAUCCACAUUCAAAAAGACAAGGAAGUCUUCAAGCUGGAAAAACUAAACCUGGAAGAAUACGCAGCAAGUCUUGGUCUGCCCGGUGCACCCAAGAUCAAGUUCAUUGCUGGAGAUGACGCAAAGGCCAGAAAGAACGCUCCCAGGGCAAAGAUGGUCGACUCGGAAGACGAGAGCGAGGGCGAGAAGGAAGAGAAGAAGAAGCCCGAAGUCCGCACGAAAUACGACCGCAUGUUCGAGCGCAAGAACCAAGAUGUGUUGGCAGAUCAUUACUCGAAGAUGAUCAACGACGACGAUAUCGAAGCUCUGGAUGGAACACAAAUGUCCGACGACGACUUGUUCAGCGUCAAGCGCCGCAUCCCCGUACAAGAAGAAAAGGACGACUCAUCAGACGAAGAACAUACACUUGCUGUUGCCGAUAUGGAUCUACCCCCUGGUGCAAAGGCUGUACACAUUCCUGGAGCAAAGGACGCUCUCAUCAUCGACAGCAAGCGCAGAGAAAAACUACUCAAGAGCAAGAAGAAGUUACUCAAGUUCAAGGAAUCGGGUCAGAAGUUGGUCUUCGACGACGAUGGCAACGCCCAUCAAAUCUACGAACUCGAAGACGAAGAUGCAUUCAAAGCAAAAGGCACAGCAGAAGAACAACGACAAAAGUUCUUGGAAGAAGAAGCACAACGCGUCCGCGAAUCAGAUCUCCUGGACAAAGCACUCGCAAAGGAAAAGAAGAGAGCAAAGAAGGAAAAGAGAAAGGAGAGGGAAAGAGAAGAAAACGCUUCCGACGAGGAAGAAGGAGAAGGAGAAGCUCUUCCCGACGCUUCUGCAGAUUUCAAGAAAUUCCUUGCUGGCAGCGAAGAUGGGUCAGAAGGAGAAGAGGACGACGAACAGCCAAAGAAGAAGCAAAAGAAAUGGUUCGAAGGAGAGGGAAAAAGGACGGAUAUGGGCAGGGAAGAAGCCGCUCCGGAAACUCUUGCGGACCUCGAAGCUUUGGCUGCUGGUCUGCUGGGUUAGAUGUUCCUUACUCCUUGCUGAGACUUGUUUUCUUUGUUUUUGUGUGGUCAUACAUUUCGAGAUAUCCAAAAAAUGCAUCGUACCUUUUUUUAUCC